GCGCGUUAUCAUUUUAUUUUUUUGGAGUAAACACGUUUUCGUCAUCAGGGGCUUGUUUUUAUUUAUUCCAGCCUUUUGCGUCAUUACGAGCCGAGCGCGCAUUCCUUAGCAGGAUUUGCGCAUCUCCAGUUGCGGCUCGUGGUUUAUUCAGGUUUUUGUUUCUGCCCGGGAGGAGGCUUCCACACACCAGUCAUGCUCGAGCUGAGGCUGUAGACGCGUUUCUUCUGAAAUCCUCGUGUUUUCAACCAGGGCAGAAAUCAGGACGAUGGAACAGCAGCAGCAGCAGCUCUCCAAGCCAGAGAGCAAAAACAUGGACGCGUGUCUGAGGCGACUGAAGCAAGAAGUGCUGUCCAUGAAAGAAGCCGGAGAUGGCCUCCACGCUCAGAUGAAUUCCAUGAUGGGAGCCCUCCAGGAACUCAAGCUCCUCCAGGUUCAGACAGCUCUCGACAACCUCGACAUCUCAGGUCGGGCUAUUAACCGAGGGAUGCCACAUCCAGCUCCAUCAGCUGCUCCCAACGCAUCAGCUGCAGCAACUACAGCUUCAGAAACGGUUAACGGGUCCUGCUUCAGCCAGAGCCUGCCAGUGGAGCCCAGCUCAAGUCCAAUGUCAAGUCCAAGGAUGUCUCUUGAGAGCAGAAACACCUUCAGCAGGGCUGGCCCUAGCAGAAGCAGCAUGGGAACCUCGUCUUCCUCGGCAUCCAGUCUGCAGAGUGAGGGUGAGAGCAACUCAAUAACAGCAAGAAAUGAGAAUGACCUUGAUUCAACACCCAAACGUUGGUCAGGAUACAUGGCCCCCCAAGUGGACUUCUACGGACCAAUGGUGGGAAACCCCCCACCUGAGCCCUACCCUCAACCACAGGCUCAUGCUCAUGCUCAGGCUCAGGCUCAGGCUCCGGCGGUGGAUCUGCCUGGCAUCCUGUACAGCCUCUCCAGGGAGGGCCCUUCGCUAGACAGCGACUAUUCCCAGGACAGCAAAGAUGAUCCCAGCGACUGGACCUCCUCGCUCAUGAGCCGUAGCCGCAACCGUCAACCGCUAGUGCUGGGCGACAACGUCUUCGCCGACCUUGUGGGUAACUGGCUGGACUUGCCCGAAGUGGAGAGGGAGGAGGUGGAAGAAGAGGAGAGGAGGAAGAGGAGAGAGGAGAGGACAGCAGAUGGUGAGGCAGACAGACCGGACACCCCAGCUCAUCCUCUCCGCCUCAGCCGCUCGCAGGAGAUCUGCAGGAAGUUCUCGCUAACCACGAACAUCUUCAAGAAGUUCCUGCGCAGCGUUCGGCCGGACAGGGACAAGCUGCUCAAGGAGAGGCCGGGCUGGAUGGCUCCCGAGCAGCCAGAGGGCGACCUCUUCAAAAGACCCAAAAAAGUGGUUCCUAAGAAUUCCAAAGGCAGCUUCUACCUGCCGUUCUGGGCAAAUGGACAGCAGGGCAAAGGCAGGCCCUGUCCACUUCAAGCAGAAGCAGAGAGGAACCACCAACAUCACUUCCCCCACUUUUGCCAGCAGCCAUUUGCAGGGAUUUAUUUAGACAGGAGACAGCCAGAGACUGGUCUGGACAAAAUGCAGCCCUUGUUUGACUACAACACAGCUGUGUGGGUCUGAGAGUCUCAGGCCAACUCAGCGCCAAUGAGGCCAGACCAAGUGAGUGACAGGUGCUGGGGGAAAUUGGCUGAGCGGGAGCGGAAUGAAUGAAUGACUGAAAGGACAACUGCAAAACUUGGAUACAGUUAUCUUCCAAAAGUAAACCUUUGAACUUCACGUCCGCAACAUGACUCUGCUGCGAACGAGAGAUAAUCAGGGCAACACUUUGUCUGACAAUCCUCAAAACUUCAACCUUGUUUGCUGUGUAUGUCUGAGCAUGUGAGCGUGAGCUGCAGCGUGACUGAAACAGAGAGAAAGACUUUUAUGCAAGUUUUGUAUUAUUCAAUGUUUAUCAUGUGUGUAUGCAUGAAUGACUGGUUCUUAUAAGACGGUACGCGGAGAAGACAUCUUUCUCAGAAUGUCGCCUCAUUACGGUUCUUUAUAAAAGACGUCCACAGACUUUCACUUCUAUGCUACAGGACACACGCCCAUAUCUCACUUCUUUGCAUCUAUGAAUAGAAACGCCAACUGUCGCAUUGCAUGGUUACUGUUUUUAUAGAUGAUGCUACAAACAGCUGUUACUGAACGCACUGCCACUGAACACACUCCCUUUUGUUUCCAAACUUCGGAAACUCAGGUUUAAACUCAUCCUGUCGGUCUCGUUCACUUUGCUCUGGGUUUGAAUGCAACACAGGAGGAAGCUCUGGGACGCUGCCACAUUUUCUAUGGGGUUUAUACACAGUGUAGAGGAGUCUUCCUUCAUUUCAUUUAACCCAGUAAAACAGCAACGCAGUGCAUGCCUCGUCCAAAGAUUGCACAUUCAGCUUGGAGAGUUUGAUCAGCAGAGUUUUGCUCGCUGUCAUUUUUAGAAAACACUUUUAUUUAUUCUCGCCGCAGUGGAGACGCAGUACAUUGUACAUUAACUGUGAGGGGGGGGCUAAGAUGGCCCAGCCAACCACGAGUACCGACUGACUGCCAUCUGGUACCAGGACAUUAUGUAAAGCUUGUUCCGCCGAACACUGGAAGAAGACACAGAACAGUUACAGUUAAUCCCGAAGCUCUGCAGAUGAACUGAACUACAGGGAUUGUGUUACAAACUGUAUAUUAAAAGGUGAAGACAUUUCAGGGCAAGAACAGUGAUGAGACGGUUGAGACUGGAGGUUGAGACAUUGUACAUAUUUGCCAUCAAGCAACCGGCAGCAAUAACAGACAUUUUCUGAAAUAUCUGAUCGCAUGAUUCUCAUUAUUCUGCACAGAUAAAUGUGUGUUACAGUUACAUUACAGUUGUUACAUGACACGUGAACAAAGCCACCACACUUGUACUCAAACCACAGACUGACAAGUUCCUCUCUAACCUACAAUUUCUAUUCUGUUGUAUCUUAAUAAUCUGUUUCAGUGUUUCUAUCAUUUCAAGCAGAUUCAUAACAGUUACAAAUUUCAGGAUUCCCUCAGGUUUACAGAUGACACUGCCCGCUCUCACUCUAAAACGCUUGUUUUUAUUGAGGACCAUGCAAAGACAAUCUGAUACCCCAUUAUAUUGUAAUUUAAAACAGACAGUCCAAUUCACUCAAGUUUCAAAUGUGAAGCUGGACCAAUCAACUUAGUCUGAGGGGAUUAGGCUUUGGGUCUUUCGAGUGUCUUGGCCGGUCGAUCCAUAUGGUGUCGUCUAAGUAUUCAGGUCAAUACAUAACACAUAUUCAGAGGGUCCAACACACACACACACAAAGUUUCUGCUGGGUCAGUUGUGCCAUGAGACACAGUCUGAGAUAACUUAUUACACGGUAUGUGUACGUAAACAAGACAUUUAUUUCUUCCUAUUUACAUUUGUGUGUUUUACAGAACUGUUGUUGAUAUUUUUUCACCAGGGUUCUGCGAACCUUCGGUAGUGAUUCUGUGUCGCGUGCACUGUA